AUGGCUAUCAUUCUUGUCACUGGCGCGAAUAGAGGAAUUGGGUUUGGGAUCGUCCAAGCCAUCACCGGCCGGGUGCCCAACUCCACCGUUCUCAUCGGAUGCCGCACACAUGAGUCUGGCGAAGAAGCGGUCUGCAAGUGGAGAGAUACGGGCGUCAAAGUAGUUCUAGACGUACUUCCAUUUGAUAUAGAGGAUGAUGCUAGCAUUGCAGCCGCUGCUGCCAUUGUCGAAGAGAGAUAUGGCAAGCUGGAUGUCCUGAUCAACAACGCAGCCAGAGUCACUGUUCCUGAAUCGUUAGACUUCCCGGAGGUCCGGUCAGCAACCAACGCUGUACUCGCAAAUUGUGUCACCUCAAAUCUCAUUGUCACUCAAGCAUUCGUUCCACUUCUUCGAAAAUCAGAUUAUCCUCGAGUCAUCAUGACCUCGAGUGCCAGAGGCAGCAUGACGAGGACAGCAAAUGGAGAGCUGCCGCCAGCGGCAUCCAUCAACUAUUGCAUGGCCAAAGCCGCAUUAAACAUGCUAACCCUGCAACUCCAUCUGGCCGAAGAACGAAGGACGUCCGGUGGAAAAAUCGUCUUCUGGGCAACUAGCCCCGGGCAUUGCAAGACAGCUUUCAAUGGGUUUCGCGGUACGAAAGAGCCGGUAGAUGGAGCGGAAGUCUUCGUACGAUUGUUGGAGUCAGAAAGAGGCGCCAUCGCCUCAGGGACGUUUUGCGAGGUUGAAGACGGCGAGUUCAAUGUAGUUCCUUGGUAA